AUGACCACGGUCACAUUUCGUCAAAUAUCGCGCACAAUCGUACUCCUCUCCCGCACCCAGCUCGGAGCGCCACCACCCCAAGCUGGUCCAUUCGCAGGGAUGACACGGAUGCAGACUUUCUCUCACACACGAACGUUCUCUUCCAGCGGCGUGACACGGGAGGAGAGUGCACCCUCCGCGAAGGAUGAACAGACGAGUCCGCAGGGACCUAGUACCGAUGAGAUCGCGAAGAGCGAUUCUGCGUUCUCACCACAUACGGCGGAUCCUAAUCAGGCGAAGAGGGGCAUAGAGAACGAGACACAUCAGAGCAUGAACAGCUCUGCUGCAUCGGAGCAGGCUAGUAAGCCGCCAAAGAGGCCACUUCAGACCAGCGAGAGUGAGGCACAAAAGAGUUCUUCGUCGAAUGACUAA